CCCUAUGGGUAGCGGGUAUAAUAAGCUAAGCUGGCAAGACUGCUCUCUUGUCGAGUUCUUAUUCUCCGGUUUGGACAGAGUGUAUUGUUGGUGUUGUUGUCGUUAUGCUUGCGUUUUAAGUUUGCUAAUAAAGGCGCAGUCAAAUGGAUUUAAACAGGCUAAUCAACGUGGUCGAGCAGCGUCCCGCUCUAUGGGAUGAGAACCAUCCGGAGCACGCUAAGGACGAGGAGACAAGGAGUCGUGGCCGAGGCAAUGGAUGCCAAAGGGUAGCGGGCACAGUGAUUGCGGUGGCAGCGCCCAAAGCGAUUGCGGAGGCAGCGAAUGCGGAGGAAGCGGCAUGCAGUUGUCAGUGUGCCAAGAAUGUGGAUGUGGGCGACGCUGACUACAAUUUUGUUGUUAGUUUAGUCCCCAUGAUAAAGCAGAUGACGGCACUUCAAAACGUCAGCAUUCGCGCCAAAGUGAGCGAAGUAUUGUUGAAAACGAUGCAACAGCCGCCAAUGCAACUGCAACAACAUCCACAAGCUGAACAGGAGCAGAUGGCCUUGGACAGGGCUGAACAAGGCGACUCCAGCUCUAGCUGUCACACAACAAACAGACAUGAUAGAAUCCUUGUAUUGUAUAUAACAGUAGGCCAGGUUUUAGGUUUACAGACCUUAAGGUUUUAAUUAUUGAUGAAAUCUCAAUGGGAAAUCUCAUUUGGAGGAAUUUCAGUAAUUGUUUUUGGCGAUCUCAGUCAUGCACAAAUUUCUUGUUCGAUUGAUGACAAAUAAGACUAACAAGAAGACAAGAAAUCUAAUAUAUCUCAAAAAUUAAUUGGCACGUAAAAAGAACUCGCAAGUAGGCCAAGGCCCUUAAGGAACGGAAUUUACACAAUUUUUACUGUA